AAAAAAAAACGACAAAAAAUUGAUUCUCCAACUAUAUUCCUCACUCUCACACAUAUAUACAUCUUCUACUCUCCCCAGUUCUUCUUACCACUACACCAGAAUCAAUGGCCCCCUCCUCUCUCCUCCUCCUCCUCCUCGCCCUCUCGGCUCUCCUCCCUCUCCUCACACUCUCUCUAGACCCCCAAUCAGACUACCUCCUCCUCAUGAAACAAUCCCUCGUGGGCCCCACCACCUCCCGGUGGGCCCUCCCGCCGCCCUCUUCGCCCUCCUCCUCCUCCUCCGUCUGCGACCUCUCCGGCAUCACCUGCGACGAAGCUGGACGUGUCACCGUCAUCGACCUCUCCCUUGGCUUUCUCGCUGGCUCUUUACCUCCAAACAUAUGCGGCUAUAUUCCAACUCUGCAGGCUCUCAGGCUCAACCAUAACAGCCUCCGUGGUGGAUUUCCUCUUGGCCUUUUGAACUGUUCCUCUCUCCGAGAACUCAAUCUGAACUUCACUGGGCUGUCAGGCCCAAUUCCCGACCUCUCACCCCUGAAAUCUCUCCGCAUUCUCGACCUCGCGAACAACCAGUUCUCUGGGCAAUUCCCCCUAUCAAUUACUAAUCUCACCAAUCUCGAAUUCAUUAGUUUCAAUGAAAACAGGGGCUUCGACGUUUGGCAUUUACCGGAGUCAUUCGCUGCACUGACGAAGCUACGAGUGUUGAUCCUGUCGAGGACCUCGUUGCGAGGAGAGAUCCCUAAAUGGAUUGGUAACAUGACGUCGCUUACUGACCUUGAACUGUGCGGGAAUUCUCACAUUGGUAGAAUUCCGGCUGCAAUCGGUAAGCUUAAGAAUUUGAGGUUGCUUGAGCUUUAUUAUAAUCUCUUGACUGGAGAAAUCCCCGAAGAGAUUGGGAACUUGACGAGCUUAGUAGAAUUCGACUGUUCUGUUAACCAAUUGACUGGUCGGGUUCCUGAGCAAGUUUGCGCGUUGCCUAAUCUCAAAUUGUUGCAGUUUUAUAACAAUCAUUUGACUGGGAUUCUUCCUCCGGUUCUUGGCAUGUACGCCUAUCUCGAUCUCGUCGGUGGCGGAGGCACGGGUAAACUUCUUUAUAUUCUUGUGCUUGGCAAUCAAUUCUCUGGAAAAUUACCAGAGAAUUAUGCAAAUUGCCCUUCUCUGCUUCGGUUUCGAAUCAAUAACAAUCAGCUGAGCGGUCCAAUUCCUGAAGCAAUCUUUGGCCUUCCUCGUGCUUCGAUCAUUGAUCUCGGGUAUAAUAAAUUCGAAGGCGUGGUCUCAAAAUCCAUCGGCAAAGCUAAGAAUCUCACGGCAUUGUUCUUGCAGAACAAUAGGUUUUCUGGCACUCUGCCGGUUGAAAUCUCAUGGGCAAUUAACCUAGUCAAAAUUGAUAUCAGCAACAAUAUGUUAACGGGCCCAAUUCCCUCCGAAAUCGGCAAUUUGAAAAAUCUCAACCAGUUAUCUUUACAAGUGAACAGACUCAAUUCGUUCAUUCCUCAGUCUCUGUCAAACCUGAAAUUUCUCAAUGUACUUAACCUCUCCAACAAUCUUCUGACAGGGGAAAUCCCUGAGAGCCUCUGUGGUCUUCUUCCCAAUUCUUUAGAUUUCUCAAACAAUCAACUCUCAGGCCCGGUCCCUCUUCCAUUGAUCAAAGAGGGACUAAUUGACAGUGUUUCUGGUAAUCCGGGUCUCUGCGUUCGGGUACACCAGAACAAAUCCGACCCGAUUCUCCCUCUUUGUCGACAACCCGCACUAAGGAAAAGACUCAACCACAUUUGGGUCCUCGGCGUUUCAUCAAUAAUAGCGAUCUUCGGCAUUCUUUUGUUAGUUAAACGUUGUUGGUGGAGUAACGACAACUCUGAAAUUGAGCAGGAUAGACUUUCUUCAUCUUCUUCCUUCGAUGUCACAAGCUUCCAUAAAUUGAGUUUUGAUCAGCACGAGAUUGUCGAGGCUCUGAUCGACAAGAACAUUGUAGGCCAUGGAGGAUCGGGGACCGUGUACAAGAUUGAGCUAAGUAAUGGUGAACAUGUCGCGGUUAAGAAACUAUGGAGCCAGAAAUCGAAUAAAGAUCAGUCUGCAGACCAAUUGUAUAUGAGUCGAGAACUCAGAUCAGAGGUAAAGACGCUGGGAAGUAUUCGACAUAAAAACAUUGUGAAGCUCUACUGUUGUUUCUCAAGCUCUGACAGCAACCUUCUUGUUUACGAGUACAUGCCCAACGGCAAUUUAUGGGAUGCUCUGCAUAAAGAAACCGGAUGGAGCUUUUUAGAUUGGCCGACGAGGCAUCGGAUUGCUGUGGGAAUCGCUCAGGGGCUCGCUUAUCUUCAUCAUGAUCUCUUGUUUCCAAUUGUGCACAGAGAUGUCAAGACUUCAAACAUACUUCUCGAUGCCGAGUUUGAGCCUAAGGUUGCUGAUUUUGGCGUUGCCAAGGUGUUGCAGGCUGGAAAAGAGAAUGAUUCUUGCAGUACUACCGUAAUUGCUGGGACUUGUGGCUACUUAGCCCCAGAGUAUGCAUACUCGUCGAGGGCGAGCACAAAAUGCGAUGUUUACAGCUUCGGAGUAGUUCUGAUGGAGAUCAUUACAGGGAAAAAACCGAGUGAGCCAGAAUUCGGCGAGAACAAAGAUAUUAUUCACUGGGUGUCGACAAAGAUGGCAGCUGAGGGAUGUGGGUGUGAAGUUUUAGACAAACGAUUAUCGUGGAGUCCGUUCAAGGAGGAGAUGCUUCACGCCCUGAGGAUCGCGCUGAGGUGCACGUGCACCAUGCCUGCGAUGCGCCCAUCAAUGAACGAGGUGGUUCAGUUGCUGGUCGAAGGCGAUCAUUGCAAGUCGGAUUCCGGCGGCUCAUCGUUCAAGCUCAGGGAAUCAUCAUCAUUCAAGAUUAAACAAUCGCCGGCUAUUAAAUCUAAAAUAGGUGACGUAGAUAUGAUUAGAGAAAAGACUUUAGUAGGCGCUAAGCAACCUAGUUAGCUCAGUUUGAAUAUGUUAAUAUGGAUUAACUUAGUAAUUAGUAUGGUAUACAGUAUUCUACUUUAUUAAGGAGGACGAAAUUAAAAAAAGGAGAAUUUGGAGCUAGAAAGUUGUAGCUCUCGCAAUCACAUCGUUUUCUUUUUUUGGGUGGGGAUUUUGUUUGGAUCUAUUAGGUGCAGUGCUUUGUAUUUACGCAGCAUCUGGUACCUCUGGAUGAGCUGCGU